AGUGGCUGUGGCUGCAGGCAGCUGGGAGCAGUGACACCACCACACACUGCGGAACAGCUCCUGCCCUUCGUCUUCAUCAUCACUGCUCCCCUCCUUGGCACGAGGCUUGGGCAGGAAUAUCUGCUUGGGUGCAGGGUGAAGAGCAUGGAGAGGUGAUUUGAAGAGAAGGAACUGCCUGUGGGUGCCUAAACCCGACAUUCUGAACACCUAAACCUGAUAUUCGGAGCGCCUAAGCUGGAUCUGCUGAGCACCUAAGCCUGAUCUGAACAUCUAAGCCUGAUAUUCUGAACACCUGAGGCUGAAAUCCUGAACCUAAGCCUGACAUCCUGAACAUCUAAGCCUGAUCUGCUGAGCACCUGAGGCUGAAAUCCUGAACCUGAGCCUGCCAUCCUGAAUAUCUAAGCCUGAUAUUCUGAGCACCUGAGGCUGAAAUCCUGAACCUGAGCCUGCCAUCCUGAAUAUCUAAGCCUGAUAUUCUGAACAUCUGAGCCUGCCAUCCUGAACAUCUAAGCCUGAUAUUCUGAGCACCUGAGGCUGAAAUCCUGAACCUAAAGCUGCCAUCCUGAACAUCUAAGCCUGAUAUUCUGAACACCUGAGCCUGAAAUCCUGAACCUGAGCCUGCCAUCCUGAACACCCAGCUGAGCUGGAAGGUGGAGGGGGAUACCAGAGCCCACUGAGCAGCUACCACAGGAACCCUUUGGGACUUCUUGGGAUUGUAAUCCUGGGAAAAACUACAGCAAAUUCAGUAGGAUUCUGGAUUCUAAACCAAAAUAAAAGCUACUGCCUACCUUCCAGCAGAUCUGCACUGGGACUGAGGCUGGGCAAAGCAUCUGAAGAAGCAAACUGUGCUGAGGAGGGACCCAAGGAGACCUUUCCCUGCUUGCUCCACCAUGAUCUCUGCUUGAGGGCUCCUGGCCACGUGUGGAGGAGGCAGAAGAAGCCUUUGCAAGCUCUGUUAGACCAAAAGCGAAGAAAUAUUUUUGGAUAAGAGCGUGGGUUGGUGGACCUUCUUGAAGGAUGUCUGGCCAGGACCCUGAGGACUUUGGAGCAGAAAUCCUGUCGGAAAAAUCCCGGAUGAUGCCCGGGCUGCCCCCGUAUGACAUGGAUGAGCAGCUCCUGCCCAGGGAGCCCCGCAGCCCCUGGUGCUGCCUGGCCUGGACCCUGGUGAUAGGAACCAUGAACUCCCUGGUGUUCCUCCUGAAUUUGCUGCUGAUGUUUGUCAUUUUCACCGUCGUGCUGCUCCCUACCAUCGUGGUGGUUUACUUUGGCUUCCAGUGCCACUCCCAGGUGCUGCACUCCUCUGCCCGCUACUGCAAGAGCAUCCUGGACGACAACAGCUCCUCUGCCCUCAUCAUCCUGGGCUUUGUCAUCAUGUCCCCGCUGCUGGUGGUGGCCAUGGCGCUGUACUGCAGCCUGGCGCGGCGCCUGCAGCUCCUGGUGUGCUUCCAGCCCUACAGCCUGGCCCUCUACAAGGGGGGCCGCUGCUGCUGCCCUGCGCGGGGGGCUCCGUGCUGUGCCAGGGGCCGCGGCGGCCAGCUCAGGGCCUGGGUGUGACCCUGCAGGGCCAGCAGUGUCCCCUGCCCGUGCCUCGUGCUUCAUCCUCAUCCUCAGCCCUGCCCGUGCCUCAUCCUCAUCCUCAGCCCAGCCUGGGAGCUGCCUCUGCUCAGCCAGGUCACCCUGUGCUUUAUCCCCAAAAGUUCCAGGGCAGCUUCAUCCUUCCAAAUCAAGGAAACCACCCUCUUGUUUAUCCCAAAAAUUGCAGGGCAGCUUCAUCCUUCCAAACUCCCUGGUGUUGUUUUUGGUGUUGUUUGUUGCUGUUCCUGCUCAUCACUGUCUGCUGUCCCCUUUGUCCCCUUCAGAGCCAUGCCCAGUUUUCUGUAGAAAUAA